CGCGGUGCAGCCUGCACCUGGGCGGCGGCCGCCACGUGCCCGGGCUCAGUCGUCUCCCGGCCGCCGCCGCCGCCGCACGCCGCCGCCCCGUCGCUCGCAGCGACAGGUGGCGCCCCGGACCGCCUCAACCCACUCGGUGCCAGUGACGUCCGACCGGAGUCUGUGCAGUGCGAGUGUGUGUCGAGCCGCGGAGGCAGCGGCACAAUGCGCGCCCGCCCGAGCUGAGCGCCCCGGCCGAGCUAGCGCCCCGGGAUCAGGGGAGAGGUUGGCGCCCGGCGGUAUGCGCGCGCGAUGACGCGGCCGGCGCGGCGGGGCUCGCUCUGACAUGGCGCCCAGUGUCUCCGCCGUAUUCACCGCCGCUGCUCUCCUCGUGUUUGCUGGUUGGUGCGCGGGCGCGCCGCAGGGCAGCGUGCAAGGCGGCGUGCAGGGCGGCGCGCAGGUGCCGCCGGGCGCGCCGCACUCCACCGCCCCCCCCGGCGUCGGCGGCGUGCGCAAAUUCAGUCAGUAUUCCAGAGGGCGAGGCUACCGGGACUGGCGGACGCGCGGAGACCCCACGCUCAUCAACUCGCUGUGGCGCAGCCGGCAGCCGCUCGGAAUCCGCAAGCAGCUAGGUAACGCGGAGGUGUACAUCGUGCUGGCGCUGCUGAUCGGCUUCCUGACGGUGGUGGUGGGGUGCUGGCUGUCGGACAACUGCUGGUCGCCGGAGCCGGAGGACAUCCUGGCGGGCGGCUGACCCGUGUCGGCGGGCGCGUGCACGCACGUGUAGCGCCCGCUGCCGGCGCCGGGGGACGCGGGCUCGCGCGCCGGCUCGCUGUCGCCCGUGCUGCCGCCGCCGCCGCGCCGCCCGCUGUGCGCCGCGCGCCGCCUGUG